GUCGGACGCACCAUGGCCUCGCUCCUGCAGUUGGUGGCGCUCACCACGCUCUGGCACGUGCCGGCGCCGACGGAGGCGCGCGCCGCGCCGCCGCCGGCCGAGCUGGAGCACCAGCGCUGGGCGGCCGCCGCCUUCCAGCUCACCAUCAGCCUCAACUGUUCGGCCGGCGUGCUGACGUCGCCGGCGCGCUGCGAGCUCCUGCAGCUGGUGGAGCGGCGCCGCUCGGUGGUCUACCUGGCCGAGCGGCCGGCCGGCGCCAGCCUGGUCACCGUGCUGCCCGACGGACAGCUGUCGGCACCGGCGGACGCCGACGCCGUGCUCGUCAUCGACCCGUUCCCGGAGGCCGCCUGGGGCCACCUGGUCAGCGUCUUCACCGUCCAGAGGCAUCACGUCGGCCCCAAGUGCGGCCCCUUCGGAGGCAUCAAACUAGAGACCGGCGAGUGUAUCGCCGUGGCGGUCAAGUCACGCUGCCUGAACCAGCUCGAGUCGCAGUACCACCUGGACGACGUGGCGUCCCGGUGCCAGCUCAAUUUCCUGCCCGAGGUGCGGCUGCGCGCGCCGGCCGAGCCUGCCGACGGCGAGCCGCGCAACCUGCUCAGCUGCCGACCGCUGGCCGGCUUCGGAUCGUGUCCGCGGCUGCGGCCGCUGGCCGACACACAGCGGCUGCUGUGUGACCCGAGCGGCGCCAACCACCACCGCUGCGACACCACACACUUCGUGGAGACCAGGUGUCGCCUCAUGGAGACGUGUGACCAGGCCGUUUUGCUCUCGGGCGGCUGGAACCGACUUCACAGCGACCAGCGCAGCCGACUCAACGUGCUGCACAUGUACCGCAUGCUCAAACACAGCGGCUUCCGCAAGCACAACAUCAAGGUGUUCUUCGCCAACGGACGCGACAAUGUCGACGGAGAAGACGAGUCGUACCCGCACACCUACCUGCACCCGUCGGCCAUGAAGCUGGGCCUGCGCUACCACCUGCGCAAAAUGUGCGCCGAGCCGCACUGCGUCGACUCUCUGGUGUUCUACCUGAACUCACCGGCCGCCGACGACGGCUCUACUCUCCUCUGGGACGCCGACGGCGACGGCAUUGCGUCCCACCACGAGCGGUACCGGGUGGCCGAGCUGCUCUCCGACCUGGAGUCGUGCGCCGCGCGCCAGGUCCUGCUGCUGGUGGACCAGAGCUUCUCGGGCCGGAUCGUGCGCGCCAUGGCCGGCUCGCCCAACCACGCCAACGUCCAGGUGGUGGCCGCCGCCGGACCCGACGAGUACAGCUGGGGCGGCGAGUUCACGCGCGUCUGGAGCCAGACCAACCACUCGCGCACCUGCACACGCACCGUCAGCAAGUCGCUGAAGACGGCCGUGUUCCGCUCUCACCCGGAGUCGAUCUCUGGUCCGGAGGUGCCGCCGGCGCUGACGCUGUUCGGCGCGCCGUGUGACGCCCACCCGGCGCUGACCGCCGCCGAGCUGGAGCGCGACUACCGCGGCUGCCAGAACGUCCGCCUCACCGAGUGGGUGCACAGCCACGCCAGCCGGCCGCACGACACCUCUCUGGACCGGCUGGUCGAGGAAUCGGCCACACGGCGGAGGCGGGCCGACCACCGGCGCCGCUAGGGCCGCCCCACGCCGCUGCCGGACGGCGGUCGGCGCGUGCGCGCGCGCGUUCAGGUACCAGUGCUAUGUCAGUGUUAUGUGCGCGCUGGCGGCGGGCGGCGGGAAGAGAGGGGCUGCCGCCGCCCCAGAGCGCACGUCUUCCCCUCUCUCUCUCUCCGCCCCGCCACCAGCCGCAGAGACUGUGUAUGUCAGUGUUAUUUAAGCAAUCUUCGUAGAUGUAUCACGUGUAGUGUACUGUUGUAUGUUUGUCUACAUCUGGCGGUUUGCUGCCGCCCCAUGUUAACGAUGAUAAUGUAGGGCUCAUUCUUUUCCCCCUUAAUGUUGAUAAAUGUACAGUGCUAAGACUGAAUCUAUACUCAGUUGACACGUCUAUUAAGCGUCAUACGCUAGCGCCAGCCCGGUCGCCAUGUAUGCAUUAGUGGCCGCCUACGAGACAGCGCCCGCGGCUGCCGAGCUGAUGCUGGGCCCGGCUCCGUCAGUUAGGUGAUGUGCUCGGCUCCGUCAGUUCAGUGAUGUGUACAGCUCCCAUCAAUUGAGGUGAUGUGCUCGUAUGGUGCGCCGAGCAGUGCGCGGGGACGGCGUGCCGGACUAGGCUGCGCCCACCGGCGCCCCGUGGACAAUCCGUGGUAGGUUACGUUGUGAUCGUGUUGUCAAUACAUGCUGUGCUCCA